AUGCUCCUCGCCGCUAGCACAGCGGGCGUACUCGCAGCCGCCCCCAAGAACGCGAUCUUGCUCUCCGACGUACAAUCACUGACCCUGCGCGCGGGCAAGUCCACCACGCACCGGCGCGUCCCAGCAAUCCCACAACUGCAAUGCGUGGGGUCGUCGAAGCGGGUGUGCGCGCUCGCGAACUCGCUGCAGGCGGUCGACACGAUGCGGUGCGUGAACCAGGGGACGGGCGACCAGGGGCGCGAGGACGUGCAGUGGGCGUGCACGGCUUCGCUGCCGUCGACGCUGCGGCUCGGCAGCACGGAUGUCGUGUGCGAGGGCUACGCGUCGGCCGAUGAUCCGUACAUCCUCAAGGGCAGC